AAACCAAGAAAUAAAUGUCUCUUCUCUACUCCAGAGAGGAGGGAAAAAGAGAGGCCGAGAAGCUGCAGGCUCAACGAUACAACGGACUACAAGGAGACAGAAGCCUGAGACCAGGGGAGCUAGAGUACCUGGCUAUAAAUGCGAUUCUCCGAGCGUAACACACCUCCCACGCAGCGCGGCUGCGGAGCCGGCGACUUCCGCGCCUCCGCCCGCCAGGGGGCGCUCGGCCGGCCGCCGAUUCCGCGAGAGACGCGCCUGGGAGGAGGAGCCUGACUCGGCAAGAUGGCGUCGUUCGCGUUGUUGCGCCCCUUCUGCAGGCUGCUGCCCCCGACCAGGCUCCCGAGCGGCUCUUCAGCGCGGUCAAAGUUCUAUGUUCGGGAGCCGCUCCACGACAAGCCUGACUGGCUGAAAGUUGGGUUCGCCUUGGGCACCUCGGUCUUCAUGUGGAUCUAUCUCAUUAAACAACAUAAUGAAGAUGUUUUAGAGUAUAAAAGAAGAAAUGGGUUGGAAUAAACUUUUUAAACAUUUAUAUGGUGUGCUCCAUAUAGCAACUAAAGCAGUUCAAUCUGUUGAGCUGUAAACGUGAGAGAAAAAGUUAUAUGUGAAUAUGUGUCAAGUCAGCAUUUAUGUUUUGCAUCAUAAAUGAAAAAAUAAAAAUGCUUCUGUAUUCUUCAGAUUA